AGCAGGCCUCCCGGCUUCAUUUCUACCUACGUGACCCCAAGCGCCGAGCCCGCUGAUCAAUCCAUUUCCCAUUUCCCCAUCCCGAGACCAGGGCCAGGCACGCACCAGGAACCACCCACGGCGGCCACCGCCCCCGCCCACCCGCGCGAUCGGUCCGCCCCCUGCGCAUUGCGGCAGACCUACCUACCUCGGUGAGCCGUGCCCGUGGGCGAACCACCCCUCCCAAUCCCACCUCCUCCCCACCGGACCGGCAAUUCGGCGGUGUCCGAGCCGCCCCGUCCGUCCACCCCGCGCUGUUGGAUCGGGCCACCGCCGCCGAGAAAAAAAAAGCUGCCUUUUUAUCUCCUUCGGCCCGGCGGGCGCGCCGAGCUGUGAUCCGGCGCCGCACACCUGGGCUCUGGUGGUUCCGGUUCUUAUCCGGAAAGGGGGGGCGGCAUCCGAGGCGGGGCGCCACGGGCGCCACGUGACGAGCGGUUGGCGAUGGCGACGACGGGCGCGGGAAAGCGCAGCGGCGAGGCCCGCGCGCCGAGGCUUACAUAAGGAGGAUCCCGACUGCCCGUACCGUACCGUCGCGUGGGAAGGGACCGAGGCGCGGAGAUCUGGGCUGUUCCUGAGCCGCCGGGAUGGGGACCGCGCUCGACGCGGCGGCCUUCGGGUCGGUGGACGGCGUGGUGGGCGAGAUCAUGCGGCUGCACCGCGCCCUGCCGGCGCGCCCGGCGCCGGAGGAGGCGGAGGCCGCCGAGGCGCUGGUGCGCGCCGCCGACCGCGAGGAGCGGGCGCGCCUCGACGCCGCCGCGCGCUUGCGCAGGCCGCCCGCCGUGCCCGACGAGCUCUUCGGCGUCGCCCUCGAGAUGCACCGCGCGCUCGCCGCCUUCCACUGCCGCGAGCAGAAGCGCGACGCCGCGCGCCUCCUCGAGCUCGACGCGCUCCACGGCCUCUUCGACGACCUCAUCCAGCGCGCGUCGCAGUGCGUGCCGUCCAGCUCCGGCUCCAGCUCCACCCGCGCCGCGCCCCGCGUCGCCGCUGCGACCACCGCUGCCGCCUCGUCUUCCUUCGCAGCCGCGUCGUCAUCGGCGGUGGCCGCUGACAGCGGCGCUCACCGCUACUCGUCGAUGGAACCUAAUGGGUUCAGCGCGCCGAGGAUGGUGACCGGCAUGGGGCGCGUCUCCAUGGACGACAGCUACGUCAAGAAGGCCAAGGCCGCAGUGUGGGACGACAGGGUUGUGGCGUCGAGCUCCCAUAUGCCGCGAGGAGCAGUUUCUGCAAACUCCGUGGCGACUCCUGUGGACGGCGGCUAUGGAGAUGACAACCAGAAAUUGACCCUCAUUAAGCUAGCUAGCAUGAUUGAAGUGGCUGCAAAGAAAGGCGCUCGCGAUCUCAACCUGCAAGGCAAACUCAUGAACCAGAUCGAGUGGCUCCCUGAUUCAAUUGGAAAGCUCACUGGACUUGUCACCCUUGACAUUUCGGAGAAUCGGAUCUUGGCCUUGCCGGAAGCAAUUGGGAUGCUUUCUUCUUUGGCCAAGCUUGACCUUCACGCUAACAGAAUUGCUCAGCUUCCCGAGUCGAUUGGGGAUCUUUCCAACCUGAUAUAUCUCGACCUUAGGGGCAAUCAGCUUGCAUCAUUGCCGGCCAGUCUUGGUAGGCUGGUGAAGCUUGAGGAGCUUGAUGUGAGUGCAAACCAUCUUACCUCACUCCCCGACUCAAUAGGAAGCCUUACACGCCUGAAGAAGUUGAUCGCCGAGACAAACGACCUUGAUGAGCUGCCAUACACUAUCGGCAAUUGUGUGUCACUGGUGGAACUGCGGGUAGGAUACAACCACCUCAAGGCCCUCCCGGAGGCCGUCGGAAAGCUAGAGUCUCUGGAGGUCCUCUCUGUGCGAUACAACACUAUUAGGGGCCUUCCAACAACAAUGGCAUCUCUCACAAAGCUGAAGGAGGUUGAUGCAAGUUUUAAUGAGCUCGAGUCUAUUCCCGAGAACUUCUGCUUCGUCACUUCUCUUAUCAAACUAAACGUCGGGAAUAAUUUCGCUGACCUGCAAUCCCUGCCUCGUUCCAUUGGCAACCUUGAGAUGCUGGAAGAGUUGGAUAUAAGCAACAAUCAGAUUAGGGUGCUUCCUGAUUCUUUUGGAAACCUGCAGCGUCUCCGUGUGCUCCGCGCAGAAGAGAACCCUCUCCAAGUGCCACCAAGAGAUGUAGCUUUAAAGGGAGCUCAGGCCGCUGUUCAAUACAUGGCUGAAUAUGUUGCCAAGAAAGCCACAAGGUCACAACCGAUGAAGACAAAGAAGACCUGGGCUCAGUUCUGCUUUUUCUCCCGGCCUAACAAAAGAAAGCACGACCGAAUAGACACCGCGUCGUGAUUCACUGUGAGACUGAUGAACAUUAAGCUGCUGUUUCCUCAACUCUACACUUCUGAAGAGAACUAUCGGGUGCAUCGCCUUCGAUCGCUACCAUUGUGUUGUAUGGGUCAACAAGAUGUGAUGCCCAGAAGCUUUUCCUUGGACAAUGCUGCAGCCUGCAGCUUCUAACCUGUAGAACCAAGAUGGUCAGGUUUCACCGAACCUACUCACUCUUGUUUCCACCAGGCCAACUCAACUCUGAAUGACCGCUGGAAGAGUCCAAGUCUUACUUCAGCUUAAGAAUCUAGAAGUGGUUUAGUCUCUCGGCCUUUUUCGUAUGAUCGAGAGCAGCUGAGAAGAGAACUGGAAGAUUGCUGAAGUUCGGUUUGCCCUGCAGUGCAACUUGUCAAUAUUAUACGUAAUAUACAUGCAUCCGGUGAAACUAAGACCUUGGUUAUUACUAGGAUUUGCUUUCAGAGAUCAUUUUUAUUUCUCUAUAUUUGAGCGUAUGUUCUUUGAAACUUCUAAGUUAGAACUAAAAUCCUGCAAGAUACCAGAUGUGCUGGAUUGAAAACGACUGCAGUCGAAUCCUUUUUGUGUGGCUUAAUAUUUAUUUAGUGCAUUCUGAGAAGUUUCUGUUGUAACUAGUGUACUAGAAUCUUUCUGAAGAGAUUCAUAAAACACAGUAUUUUGCAUGUUUUUCUCUGAUAAAUUGUAACGUGGGCUAUUACAAGCAGCUACUCGGAGCAUUUCAGGAAA